AUCACAAUUUGGAUCGAUUGACUGAGAUAUGAAGCUUCUCAUGGCUCACUACCAUUGCAGGCUGCAGCCGAUUUCUCAAUUUUUGUGUUGGCCGUGCACUUCUCCUGUUUAUCGAAUAAAGGGUAUUGUUUCCAAAUUGUAUGCCUUCAUCAGGUUUCUGUAAUGCUUCCCAUUUAUGCAUACUUGUGGAGGAAAGGGAAGAUGGAUUUUGUUGUAAUGGCUUUAUAUUGAUUAGAGAUGGCAACGGAUUUUAUUGGAGCUGCAGAAAUAGGUUUUAGGCGUUCUGUGUUGUUAUGAAUUUAGGGUUCAUUUUCUGUCGAAUAUGCAGAGAGUUGCCGAUUGUUAAGACUGCGUGAAAUAUGGCCUUUUUGGAUGCUUGAAUUUGUUCAUGCAAAUGGCCUCCGUUUUACACCAGAUUAAGAACUCAAGAUUCAUGCUUUCCCUCGCUGAUUUUCUAAAUGCUGUGUGGAUUAGCUUGCUGUCGAAAAGAUGGAAGUAUGUUUGCACUUUGAUGCUUUACUUAAUCUUCAACAUAUAUUGGUUUGCGAAGCACAAUAGUGAGGAUGAAGUUCUACGUCUUGGAGCCACACUGUAUGCUUUGGGAUUUUGUCAAUUGGGCUUUACUUAUGAGAGAUGACUCUCAAAUUAUAAGGAUCACAUGUGUAUGGAUAUCACAUAAUGAAGCAGCUGAAUGAGCUCCUUCAUGUUUUAGCUGGGAAGAAGGUUCGAGAACUUUUCUUUCUUGAUGGUGAUUACACUGCUCAUGAGCUAGAUAUCCUUUGUGAAACAUCGACAUGUUACAUUGUGUAGUAACAACAUCCCAUUGCAAGUAAUAGCAGUUUUAGGUAACCAAAGAAGCCUUGUCAAGAGUUCUCAUAUGAGGCAAGGUUGCUGAGAAAUUUCUUUUACGUGAUUGUAUUAAGUGCAAAAACGUUACUUAAGAUUGCCAAGUCAUUGAUCUUGAGUAGAUUGAUAGUUCGGGUAGCACUCAAGAAUCUAACAAUCAUGGAUCUGUAUGCUCGUGAGAAAAUUUGGGUUGUGUACAUGACUUUUCCUCCAAACUUGUUCAUUUUCUGCUACAUUGGACGAAUGCUGUGUGGCUUCACUGUGAUGAAUAGUGAAUACAGACUCUUUGGGUAAUGUCUCAGUCCGCCUUCUAUAUUUACCUCGUGGGUGGAACAAAAAGCUGCUUACUUUGUUCUGCAAAAUUGAUUGGGCUUGAUGAUGUGAAGGCUAUGACUCUGUCCACUCUUGUUGCUAAGGGAUAAGUGCACUAUUUGCUGCAUUUGAAGAAAUGGAGAUUUCGACUAAAAAUAUAAACUGGACACAAACUGAGAACGAUAGAAUUAUUGAACAGGAAUGUCAUGACAGGCUAAGUAGUCUGCCCACUGAAAUCCUGGACCACAUUCUAUCAUUUCUCAGCAUGAAUGAAGUUGUGAAAACCAGCGUGCUGUCAAGAAAAUGGAGAUACUUCUGGCAUUCAACACCAUGCUUGAACUUCGAUUUUAGAGAUUUCUGGAACCAGAAGCGCUGCUUAAAUUUGAGUUACGAUGAAUGCGUGAUAAAAUUUUGGGUAUUUGUCAAGUGCGCUAUUGUGAUCAGAUCACCCAUUUGUAGACUGCGGCUCUACUGUGAAGCCUGUGAUAUCUUUCAGCUUGAUUCGCUUUUAUAUCUUUGCUCUAUGAAAGAAGUCCAAGAACUUGAUAUUUUUACUGGAUAUGGAAUCCUGCAGUGUCCAAUUUAUUGUGGUAUACCCACUUACGUUGACGCAUUUAUACAGGGCGUUGAUAGUCUGGUUGUGUUGCAACCCUUGGCAAGCUUUUCAAACCUCAAGACCCUAAAUUUGGUUGGGGUCCUGUUUGAUGAUUCUGAUAUAGCUGAGAACGUGUUCAGUGAUUGUAGUGUUCUUGAGACUUUAUCGCUGGAAUAUUGUUGUUUUGAGACAAUAGACUAUCUCAAGAUUUCUGUCAAUAAGCUUAGGACUUUGAACUUUGUAAAUAAUGGCCCUUAUUGGUGGGAUCAUACGUGCAUGUUCGACGGUGAGCUGGAACUUCAUACUCCGAACCUUGUAUCUUUCCGGUAUAUCGGGCCAGUGCUACAUCUCAGGAAAUCAUCGGAUAUGCUAUUUUUGAAGAAUGCCUCCAUUGAGCUCCGAUAUCAAAAUACACCAGGGGACUUAGGUGCUAUGGUUUUCGGUAUUCGCCAUGUCCAGGAGUUAUCAGUGUCGCCAAAUUUUGUCACGUGCUACUCUCCUGGAUUUAGAAAAAAUGCUGGCGAUUUCAGUCCUCUCGACAGUCUGAGGACCUUGAAGGUUUAUUUGGAAUUCGAGUGGGACCAUUUGGAGGGUCUAAUAAAGCUACUCCAGCUUUCUCGUAAUCUUGAAACUCUAUGUAUCCGAUUCACCGAGCGCCCCUGGAAAAUUAAUUGGGAGUCCAGGAAAAUCGACUUCCCUAUGAUAUCGCACAAGCUGAAAGAAAUUGACAUUUUCACGGGUGGCGACCUGAAGAACUUGAUAGAGCUAAUCAGAUUCUUCCUUGAGAAUGGAAAAUCUUUAGAGAAGAUAAACAUCACGCCAAAGGGAGAAAUGCUGGAUCCGAAGGAGUUCUACACAUUGCACAACUUUCAGUUAGCAUGUGAAUCGGUUUCUAUAUCCGUCGGUUUAGCUUCUGCUUCUGGAACAAUCAACAUGUUUGACCUUUUGGUUUGGAAAUGUGGUUCGGGUACGGCUGGUCAAUCAAUCGGAUACGACCGCUGAACCUAUCCAAUAUCAGAAUAAGUAGAAACAUCGGAAUUGCGUGGAGAAAUUUGGUGGCUCGUGUUGAAGAAGAUAAAAAGAUGUACACGCCCGUAUGGUCGAAUUCAGAAGGACAUCGUGAGUGGAUCUAUCUUUGUUCUACUUGUUCUUUCUUAUCAUAAAAACAAAAACUAGUAUCAUAAUAAUGUGAGGACAUUAUGAUUUAUAACUUGCUAAGACCAUUGUAUCUGUUCUUGUUUGUUUUGAACUA